CGUUCAGCUAUGAUAUAUCUCUCGUUCACAUCAUGCCAUUGCCACGACAUGGAAACUUACUGGAUGAGUGACGGCCAAUUAUGAACAAUUGAAUUGAUAGCACCCGCGCGAGGCAUUCAAUAUAAUAUCGAAUACCUAGCCUGAUUGCAACACACAUCAACAAAAAUGGUAGCAUCUACACAAUUAUCAGACCCUCCGUUCUCUAUUUCCAUUUCGGCAUCAAGUCAGGAGCAUGACAGAGCCUCAAUUUCUCCACUUGUGCCAGGGACAUUACGUACCAAAGAAGAUCAUAUCAUCAAGCUGGAUAUUAGCGGCAACGUGAGCGAAUUCUUGGAAAAGGAACUAUUGGUGGAAGGACUGGAUAGGGCUCAGGAAUGGCUGUGGAUGAGCGGAAGACCUGUGCCACCCAGGACACUGCACCACCAGCUCUUGUUACGUCGUAACAUCGUCGUAACAGAGCAACCCGAGCUCCACCUUGUGUGGUCGAAGGACCGAAUUUUCAUCAAGCCUUUACCCCCAUUUCUCCUUGACCUAGAUUUUUGGAAGAAGCACAUUUGCAUCCCGCAAAGUGCAGAUUACCCUCCCCCUGGGCUCUCCGAGCCAGAUCACAAGCUUGCGAAAGCUGCCCGGGGGUUCUUAUAUUCGUAUAUAGCCCUUAUUACUCACCCUAGCGACUUCGAAAUCGCCAAAUCUCACAUGCUUGUCCCGAAAAGCCUCCAGUGGGUAACGUGGAAGCACCUGGCGCAGCAGAUUGCAGAUAACCACUCUUACAAAAAUGUCAGCCCACGCUACCGCUACGGAGAGCUUCGCCUAAGCCGUCUCAAUAAGAUCUAUCGUUUUCGCUAUUGCUUCAUUCUCCGAGGGUUCUCGAGGGUCGAGUUUUACAGCUUUUACGCCGAUUUCUUUGCUGAUAAUUUUGGCAAGAUUGCGGCCAUUCUUGGAUAUGUGGCCAUCGUCCUCACAGCAAUGCAAGUUGGUCUCGCUACACACCAACUAGAAUCUAGUGAUACAUUUCAAAGUGUGAGCUAUGGGUUCACGGUCUUUUCUAUCAUUGCGCCCAUAGGUGCAGCUGCUGCUCUUCUGAUUAUGUUUGUCUGUCUUUUCAUCACAAACUGGAACUUCGCGAGGAGGGACCUCCAUAGAAGAGAUAGGCAGAGAGAGCUGUGGGACUCUAGAUACGACUGAUACCCACGGCAGAUCGAAACCGAACUUUUGAGGAUGCUGAAGUGCGCCCAACCCUUGAAGGGAUAUUGACACGCCUCAAAGGAGCUCCGGGGAGACAUCGUAUCUAUGAC